AUGAGCAAGGCUGGUCCAUGGCCUUUCAAGGGCCCUUGGCCCAUCGUUGAGGCAGAUGAAAGACCCUUGCUCGCGCGGCCCCGGCACGGCACGCUUGAGCGCCCCUCCAUCGCAUCCAAUUUCGGCGCCCGCGCUCGCGGCGAGGAGCGCUCCUGGCUGGACCCCGCUUGGCUCGAGGAUGACUCCCAGCUGCCGUACUGGACAGAUGCGGAUGAGAUGCCGAACCACGUGGAUACCAUCUUGCAAUUUCAUACCACGCCCUGUGCCGACUUCCAGAGGGGCUUCUGUGCGAAGCACGGCGCGCGAGGGAAGGCGAGCCAAUGUCGCAGCUACCACUUUGAUUCGCAGCGCCGGCGUCGGCCGGUGGACGUGGCGACACAGCGGCUGACUUACUGGGAGACGCCGUGCCCAUCCUGGAGUCUUGACAUGGGCUUCUGUUGCCUGGCAGGAGAUGCAUGCUCUUUGGCCCACGGACGUGAAGAGGUGUCGUACCACCCUGCAAAGUAUAAGACCCGGCCCUGCAAUGGCACGGAUUGCCGUGGUGAAGGUGCCUGCUGCUUCGCACACAGCCAGAAUGAGCUGAGGCAGCACGCGCCGGGGAGAUACUCCUACUUUGUGAUUAUGUCCGGCGCCCCUACCCUGCUGCAAGCCCCAAGGACAUUUCCAGAAGCCAUCCGCGGGAGUCAAGCUCCAAAUCACAAGGCGCGCUUCUGCGCCUUCUAUCCGACCAUCAGCCAGUGCAGACGUGGGGCCGCAUGCUCCUUCGCGCAUAGCCGGGCUGAGGUGCAGACUCCUCUCCUCUCCAUCGAAGAGGAGGAGCAUCACGAGAGCGCCAUGACUCAGGACUUCUUUACCAGGAAGUUCAAAACAAUGUGGUGCCCCGUCGGCGCGCAGCACGAUUGGCAGACCUGUGUGUACGCGCAUACCUACCAAGAUGCAAGACGCGAGCCUUCUAUUGGAUAUGGACCGCAGCCGUGCCCGUUCUGGCAGAAGAAGGACACUCGCGUGACCUACUCCCAGCGCUGCCCCCUGGGGCUGCGCUGCCCCUAUGCCCACGGCGCCAAGGAGCAACUCUACCACCCGCAGUACUUCCGGACGGUGACCUGCCGCGACAUGCAGAUGAAGGGCUGCCCCCGGCAACGUUUGUGUGCCUUUUAUCAUCGGCGGGCAGAGCACCGCAAGCCAACCCCUGACAGUCACGACUACGACCGCCCACUGCCAGUGGAGGCGAUUGACCUGGUCUGGGCCGAGCAGUUCCUUAAUCCACCCAUCUUCCAGGAUGCUGAGGAGGAGGUGGUGGGUCACAUGACACUGGCGCUCCCUGUAGCAGCGGGCUCCGUAGGGCGCGAGGAGAAGCGCGAGCGCAAGCUCACGGUCGCCGAGCUGGCCUCAAGUCAGGUGUCGCCGCCUUUGCCCAAGAAGAUCUCCGUGAGCGCCGCUUUCGCGCCCGGGCACUUGUCAAGCGACCGGCACGAAGUGAAGGAGCUCAAGGAGCUCAAGGAGCUCAAGGAACUGAAGGAAGUCAAGGAAGUGAAGGAAAUCAAAGAGGGCGGUGCCCUGGGUUACGCUGACGCCCACGCCAGCCAAAGACAGCGGCGUGGCCCAGGGCCCGAGACCGAGCCAGCGUGGUGGCACAUGGUCAACGAGGCCAUGGCGGAUCUUCUUUGA